AUUUGGUAGGGUGGUGUGGCGUGCGGUGGAAGGACUUCGCCCAACGCACGCCCAGUCUCUCCUUGGAGCUCGCUCAGUCAACAUGAACAUCCGCGCCUCACUAUGUGUGGUGGUGCUGCUAGGACUAGCUGCUCUAUGUCUGGCCGCCGAUGACUACGAGUAUGACGAUGCUCCUGUCGCUCCAGUCAAGCCAUCGCCUCCCAGACCUUCUCCACUGUUUAGACAGGCCCGUGGUCCCGUCAUAGGGCGACCGAGCCCUAAGACUUCUGCACAAAAAACAACGACGACGACGACACCAGAACCUCCUGUAGAAUAUGAGGAUGAAGAAGGAGAAGAAGGAGCAGCAGAACAAGAAGAAGAAGUUGUGGUGACCACAACCACAGAAGCGCCCAAGAAAGGAGGUCUGAAGACUGGAGUAGUUCGACCUUUCCGCAGUAACGCUGAUCUCAUAGAGAGGUUGAAGAGACGGAGAGAACAGCAGCAGAAGGGACCUGGAUCUUCCGCUGUGACCACGACGACCACGCAAGCACCCUCAGAACCCAAGACCUUCGGCAAAGGUGGCCGCAAGACGACAGGAAGUAACAGGAUAGCAGACCAGACCGGCAGCACAUCGGAGAAGAAAUCAACAGUGAACAACAGAAGGUUUACCACCCGAGGAAAGACGACUGAGGCUCCGGUAGAACCCGAGGUCGAAGAGCAGGAACAACCUAGGGCAAGAACCUUUGGACGAGGGCGUCGCUUCUGAGUCAAACAAUCAAAGACAAUAAACAAAACUGUGAAUCAAUAAGUGAUGGAGGAAAAUUGUAUAGUUUUAAUUUGUAUAUUUAAUGUAAGACUUUGUAUAAUAACUUUGUUAUUAGCGUAAUAAAUAUUAAAGUUUUGUAUA